UGCAAAAUCAUGUUUGGUCGAAUCCUCCUGCGCACCAGCACCCCGUCGCGACUUGCGGCACCCCUGCGGUCCUUUGCGAAGAAAGCCAAAGGUGGCAAAGCGACAGAGCCCGCGGCGGCCACGGAAGCGCUUGGCGACGUCGCUAAGAAAACGCACGACGAGGUGAAAAAGAACAUGCGCGGUGCCGUGGCCAACUACAUCAAAGUUCUGUCGGCCAUGCGUCCAGGCCAAGCCGACGCAGGCAUCUUCGACUCGCUCAUGGUGUCGGCAUACGGCCAAAUGGCGUCGCUGACUGAGUUGGCCCAAGUGUCGGUUGUGGGACCUACCGAGCUCGCCGUCACGAUCUAUGACCCGUCGCUCCUGACUGACAUCCGGACGGGCAUCGAAGGCCUAAACCCGUCGUUCUCGGUGCAACCGAGCGGUGCGACUCUUUCCGUGCGCUUUCCAAAAAUGACCAAGGAAACCCGCGACGAAUUGGUGAAAGCAGCCAAGAAACAAGCGGAAUCGGCGCGUCAACAUGUGCGCCGCGUCCGUCAAGACGGGAUGAACGAGAUCAAGAAGCUCAAGGACUCCAUUUCCGAAGACGACGUCAAGGUCGAACAGGACAAGAUUCAAAAGCUCACGGACGACCACAUUGCCGAGAUCACGCGACUGCUGGCGUCCAAGGAGCGAGCGUUGGCGGUGAUUUAAUCAACAACCGCCACCACCUUUCCUGACUCUUAACGAGAAAGAUACAAGAUAUAUUGUGCUUUUUAGUGAAAUUUCGUGUUGUGGCAUGGUUUCUCGUUGAAAUUUAAAUCGAUUUGAUUGGCUACUUCA